AUGACCAGCAAUUUUCUCCAACCUGUUGUGCAGCUUUGCUAUGAGGAUGUGAAUGGAUCUUGUAUUAAAACUCCCUAUUCUCCUGGAUCUGGGGUGAUUCUGUCAGCAUUUAGCUUUGGGUCUUUGCUGGCUGUUUUUGGAAAUCUCUUAGUAAUGACUUCUGUUCUUCAUUUUAAGCAGCUGCACUCUCCGACCAAUUUCCUCAUUGCCUCUCUGGCCUGUGCUGACUUCUUGGUGGGUGUGACUGUGAUGCCCUUCAGUAUGGUCAGGUCUGUGGAGAGCUGCUGGUAUUUUGGAGCCAAAUUUUGUACUUUUCACAGUUGCUGUGAUGUGGCAUUUUGUUACUCUUCUGUCCUCCACUUGUGCUUCAUCUGCAUCGACAGGUAUAUUGCGGUUACUGACCCUUUGGUCUACCCUACCAAGUUCACCGUGUCUGUGUCGGGAAUUUGCAUCAGUGUGUCCUGGAUUCUGCCUCUCAUGUACAGCGGUGCUGUGUUCUACACAGGUGCCAGUGAUGAUGGGCUGGAUUUGCUUUGCUUUGGUUUUGAGAAGAUUAUUUCUUGGGAUCCAGUUUUUCUGCAGCUCCUAACAGGUCUCUGA